AUGACGUCCGGUCCGAAUUCCAACGCCACCCCGCGGCCGGCCAAGAUCUGCGUCUACUGCGGCUCGUCGCCCGGGAACAAGCCGGCGUAUAUCAAAGCAGCUCAAGAGCUGGGCAGGCUUAUGGCAGAGAAUAAUAUCUCUUUAGUUUACGGAGGUGGCACAGUAGGAUUGAUGGGAGAAGUAGCCAAGACAAUAGUAUCGAUAUCAGGUCCCGAUGCCGUCCACGGUAUCAUCCCCGAAGCGUUAGUGAAAUGGGAACGAGAUGCGACUUAUUCGUCAAUGAAGGAUGCCAACGGAUAUCACGUUCCGGAGGAGCAGAUCUACGGCCGAACGACGGUUGUGAAAGACAUGCAUACGAGGAAACAGAUGAUGGCAAGAGAAGUAAUCGAAGGAGGACCUGGAAGUGGCUUCAUUGCGCUCCCUGGCGGCUACGGCACGAUGGAAGAGCUACUCGAGACUGCCACAUGGAACCAACUGGGCAUCCACGACAAGGGUGUUUGCUUAUUGAACAUAAACGGGUUCUAUGACGGCUUGACGCAGUGGAUUAAGACGGCCGUCGACGAGGGUUUCGUUAAAGCAGGCAAUGCCGAUAUCUUGGUUACGGCAAACGAUGCCGAGGGUGCGCUCAAGGCCUUACGGGAAUACAAGGUUUCAGACGCGCGUUAUGGAUUAAAUUGGGGUAAUGAAUGA